UUCUUGUAGGGAAGAAAAGUUUAUAAAAGAAGCCAUCGGCGACACCCACCCGCACAAAUCCAAACAGCAUCCUCCCGUCGGCUUCCUCCCCCUCACGCGCGCGACCUCGUCGUCGUCGGCUCCGAGAUCUCGCCGCGCCUCGCCCGCCAUGGACGCCGUCGACUCCGUCGUCGACCCCCUCCGCGAGUUCGCCAAGGACAGCGUCCGCCUCGUCAAGCGCUGCCACAAGCCCGACCGCAAGGAGUUCACCAAGGUGGCCGCGCGGACGGCCAUCGGGUUCGUCGUCAUGGGGUUCGUCGGCUUCUUCGUCAAGCUCAUCUUCAUCCCCAUCAACAACAUCAUCGUCGGCUCCGGCUAGGGUUGGAGGACAACAGGGAUAGUGUGAUGCCGGCAGUUGAGCCUGCAGCGCCCAAAGUUUGUUCUGAAGUUGUUGUUAAAGACCUGUUUUCUGAGAAAUUGUCACCAGCUUAAUCAUCGUAAUGAGUAUAGAUCUUAAAA